AUGGGGGACACUCGCCCGACAGCCCCCAUCCUCGAUGGCGACCUCAAGGACCCCAAAAUCUUCUACCAUAACGCCGCUUACAAGACCAACCGCGUGGCCAUCAACCUGGAGAAGAUGAAGGUGCUGAAGGAGCGGCUUGGGGACUGCGUGCGGGAAGAGGGCGUCAACUACAUCGACAAAUGCGAGCAGCUGACGAGGCGCUACGAGGCGAUCGUGCGCGUCUGCCAGUGGCAGUCGGGCAAGAACCAGCGCGCGCGCAACGUGGGCGGCAUCCUGGACAGGGAGAAAGAUAUCAAGGCAGAGUUGCGGGCAGAGGGCGCGCUCGCAUAA